ACCUCGUGUUCGCCGCGGCGGUGAUGUCACAACAUAACCUAAGAAAACGUGCGGUGAACGCUUUGUUUACGCUUUUUCCAAUGCGAAAUUCUUCCUAAAUGGCUGAUAGAAACAAGAAUCCCACUUCGUCAGGGGGCGACGGCAAGGAGAAGGAGAAACGCAGGAAGGAGUCUAUUUUGGACCUCAGUAAGUACUUGGAGAAGACAAUCCGGGUGAAAUUUGCCGGCGGACGCGAGGCCGCGGGUGUGCUGAAAGGCUACGAUCCACUCCUCAAUCUCGUGCUGGACAACACGACAGAAUUCCUCAGAGAUCCAGAUGAGCCCUUCAAGCUGGCUGAAGACACCCGGAAUCUGGGCUUGGUGGUGUGCAGAGGAACCUCAGUGGUCCUCAUUUGUCCACAGGAGGGCAUGGAGUCCAUCCAGAAUCCGUUUAUCACACAAGACGCAUAGAAUGUCCU